AUGAUUGCGGAUAGACAGAAGCUGGACGAUGGUUCGCCGAGUAGCACAUCGGAGAGUGCGACAACAGACGCGAACGGUGCUAUGAAGGUGCGGGGAGUCCCACAAGAAGCACAAAGGCGCUCAGACAGUGGUGUGCAGUCCAAUGCCAACCCCACCCGAACUCAGGCCACGGAGAAACCCGAGCACAAGACCGGGAAGAGCAACCCCAUUAACGCCCCUGAGCGGACGCAGGGCGUGUCAGGCACUCACACAAACACUUCUUCUUCCGACAGCUUCGUUCGGCACGGAGGAGCACGUCCACUCGUUCCAGGCAGUACACAGUCGGGUUCACGGACCUAUACACACACCACACCUACAGCGACCAUCAACUGCCGAGGCAGUGGCAGCACACACCGAAAGGGGACGCUGGGCGACCUUGCGGGGAAGGUAGGAGGCCUUGCACAUGGAAAUGGGGGCGUAGGGAUUUCGGGCCUGGGUGCACCUAAAUCAAACGACAGCAGCGGCAACAGCAGCUACCACGGCCUGGAGUUGGACAGUGCAGGGGAGCCGGACGAGGAGGUCGGGGCCAUGGGUGAUGGCAAUACACUUGUACCACAUGCCAUGUUGGUGCCCCAGAACAUGCUAGUCCCACAGACCAUGUUGAUCUCUCAGAACCGCCUGGUUCCUGUAGCUAUCGACACACACGCCACGGGGUCUAGCUCGAGUCCGGGUACCAGCACAAACACGGACAAUAAUACGCACAAGCAGUCCAACGGGACCUCCAGGCAGACAUCGACUGAGGCACGAGAUGGAGCUGUGGGUAGCCUGGGUAUCGCAAACAAAGGCUCUGAGGGUGAGAUGCAGUUACCUGGGGUGGUGCAGAGUGUGAGUGCAGGAACCGUCGGAGUCGGAGCGGCAGGGGGAGAUGAGGAUGCCGACGCGGAACUCGUGCAAGAAGAUUACGAGGCAUCCAGUAUCAAAUCAUGCAGGUCUGGCCAUCCGGAGACGCCUAACAUGCCCAUGACCCCCUACACACCCAGUGCAGCCAUUCUCAUCACUAUGGACCGCAGCCCCAAACUGGCGCCAGUGAAGGAGGCGGUGCACGAGAAGGCUAAGAAGACGCUGAGCGGCACGUCACUGGGCUUCCGUGCGAAAAAGAAAAGGAACCGAGACUCGCAGAUCAAGAAGACGCUCAGUGCGAGCAGCCACCGAUCGACUACCAGCACCGAGACCACGUCCCCGCGACGGUUCAGUCUGGAUGUGGCCAAGAGUGCGCUGAGCUUCUUCAAGCCCGCGAGGUCUAAGGACAAGGACGCCAAGAAGAAGGAGAAGGGCGGUAGCGAGGACAAGGACGACGGUAAGAAACUCGGCAGGCAAUCCAGUCGCAAGAGGCUUGAGCAGGAUAUCAUGGCAGCGGCGGUGAUGGAGGGCACCCCGAGGGCCACAGAACCCAAUCUCAGGGCAAGGGCAGUCACAGCCACAAGCGCCACCACACCCACACCCACACACUCGCAUGCAAACAUUCUGGUGAAAAGCCCAACCAACUUCACCCAACUCACGCACUCGAGCGAGGGCCGGCAGUUGUUGGGUCUUGCUGCGGGUAUGUCGACUGAUAGUGCUAUGCAGAUCCAGUCACAAUCAGCCGGCGCCACACCCCUUCCGGAAGGUAUCGUGGAACGUGCUGCAAUGUGGGGUUUACCACAGCCCCCAGCACAUGCGCAUACGACCACGCACGGCCAAGACGAAGGUACAGCACAGGCGAACAGUGCCGCUGGCAAGCAGGGGACCAGUGAGGAGAAGCGAGGCCCACCUACGAGUCGAGAGGUCAAUCCAGAAUUGGGUGAGAUACGCACCAUCAAGGGCUGGUUCAGUUUUAACUCGGCUACGACCUCUCGACUGCCGGCACAUGAGGUGCUGGCGGAGUGUGUGCGCGUGUUAAAUGCGAAUGGGAUCGAGUAUGAGCAGAAGGGUUUUGUGAUCACGGCCUGGCAGGACAAGACACAGAAGAAGGGCGUGCGCGUAGAGUUUGAAACGUGCCAUAUCAGCCGGCUGUCGAUGGUGGGGCUGCAUUUGAAGCGGCUGGGAGGAGAUGUGUGGCAGUAUAAGAAGUUCGCCAAUGAGCUGGUCUCGCAGAUGCACCUCUGA